AUGGCUAACUCUGUCAACCUUUCCCGUCGGUCAUCUAUGGACAGCAUGUUCACAACAGCUUCUCAAUUCGAACCUAUCACAUUAGAGGAUCGUAUACGUAUUACAUUUGAGAUUGCCAAUAUUCUACAAAAACAGGAGUUUCUGCGUAAAUUGGUGAAAUGCCUCAUGCUUUAUGGGGCUCCAGCCCAUCGUCUAGAAUAUAUUCUGCGUCAAGUGUCUCGGACUCUAGGUGUGGACGCUGAAUAUGUGUAUCUACCGAGCAUCAUGUUCUUGACAUUUUUUGAUCAGUCCACACACACGACGGAAACACAUUUUAUUCGAAGUUCACAAUUAUUUGAUAUGCAUAAAUUGAACGAAAUUUAUCGUUUGGAAAAGCUUGUUUCUCAUGGGGAAGUGUCAGUUGAUGAAGCUCUUGAAUUUAUUGAUCAGGUUACGAAUCAACCUCAAUUCUAUCCAAACUGGUUGAAUCCGUUCGUCUAUGCGCUUGCCAGUUUUUGUGGUUGUGUCAUGUUUUAUGGAGGAUCAUGGAGAGAAGGUGGCUUGUCUGCAGCAAUGGCCAUCUUUUUCGCUUUUUACGAACUGUUUUCAGGGCGCUAUAUGAGUUUCCAGCCAAUUUGGGAAAUUACGGUCUGUAUCUUCAUCGGGUUUGUUUCAAGAGCUUUUGCGUCUUUUAUCGUUAUCUUGCCUGGUUAUUCUAUUGCGAUCGCUAUUGUCGAACUGGUUUCAAGACAGUUAGUAAGUGGCGUUGUACGGAUGGUAUACGCAAUCGUAUAUUCAUUCCUGCUAGGUUAUGGCAUCGAAAUGGGCUCACAAAUAUAUGGCACGAUUGAGCCCGAAUCUAUUUCUGCUCAGGCCCAAGCUCAAAAUUGCAUUGCAGCUUCGGGCGCGUCCACCUGUGUCACUAUUAUCCCGCAGCCAUUUUACAUCUUAACCGUUCCACUUUUUGCUGUGGCUUAUUGCGUAUAUCUACGUGCUCGUAUACCAAGGUGGCCAACGAUGAUUUUUGUUGCAUGCUGCGGUUUUGUUACAAACUGGGCGUUGGCAUGUCAUGCGAAUGCUCCCAGUCAGGUGUUACAGGUUGUUCCCGCCUUCUGUGUCGGUCUUCUGGGUAAUUUACUGACGAAAUUUACAGGCAAAAUGACUCUGGAUGCCGUAAUUUUAGGUAUCUUUUACCUUGUGCCAGGAAGUUUAGGUCUGAAAGCUGCAUUAGGUUUCUUUGGUACUUCAAAUAAUGAAUUUGCAAAUCAAGGUGCCAGCUUUGCACUCAGUAUGAUUCAGACAUCCAUAGGUAUCACCGUUGGUUUGUUUGUAGCAACUCUUAUUGUGUACCCUAAAGGCACGCAACAUACUCCUUUGAUGAACUUCUAA